AUGUCCUCGAAAAAGCGGCCUUAUGUACCCAAAACUAAAGUGACUGUGAACUCAGGAUGUUACCCCUGUUCUCGGCGCCGCAUCCAUUGUGAUCGCACAGAGCCUACUUGUCACAAGUGUGCUGCCCGGGGAUUGCAAUGUACUGGGCUAGGGCUCAAAUUACGCUUCCCAUAUGGUGCUCCGGUGUCUGUAUCUGCUAUAUCAGAAGCGCCAGGGACAAGCCAUCUUAGCAGGCCAAACACAUUUCGUGCGAAUGAUCCUAUCUUCGCCUCUCAAGGCAGUUAUGACCAGACGUUCCCGGCAAUAGUACUACACGAUUUUGGAAGUACUGAAGACUUAUCGCCAUCCGUUUUCUUGAGCAACGGAGACAUUUCUCAUUCUACAAAUAGCAUCUCACAAGAAUACAUUCCCAAGGACUUAUCUAGCUACAACGCCUUUGGGGCUAGCGUAGAACUGGAAAGGCAUGAAACGGCUUUGGCCAGGUUUAAUCAGAUUGGGGGUAUCCCUCAUAUCCCCACCGAAAUUACUCCAUUAUGGAAACGAAUAAUGUGCAAAUACUUCUCAGAUAAUAUUGCUCCUGAAAUGACUGCCAUCGAUGGAAGUCACAAUGAAUGGCGUCAUUUGGUGCUAUCACUCUCUCAAACAGAUGACUUAGUUAUGGAUGCGGUUAUAAUGGUGGCAUUUUACCAUCUCGAGUUGAAUAAAUCCACGCAAGCCCAUAGGAGAACAAAAUGCGAACUCUCAACCACCUGGAACGACCUACGAGACCCCAACGAGAUGUACAAUCGAGUAAUCCUGGGCCUCCGCAGCCAACCAGGGUUGAAUAAUGGAGAUAUAAAUAUCAAGAUUUCCGUUUCAAUAACCAUUCUCAUCCUAUUUGUUGGAGCAAUGGUUACCGGGGGCUCGGACUUUCUGCUGUUGUCUAGGAUGCUAGAAUCCGCGAUAGAGGCAAUGGGCGGUGAAGACAAGCUACCACGAGUCUAUGCUUCAGAUUUUAUUAAAAAACAAAACCACAAGAUGCGUGUUUAUGCUGCACCACUCCUCGAUGAGAGAAGAGGACUUCAGUUCAUAUCGUCACAAACCCACAAGGAGCAACUUUUCAACUCACUAACUCAUAGAUUAUUGGAUUACCCUGAGCAUAGUCCAACAAUGAUGUUGGUGAGAGACUUGGUGCAACAAGCUCUAGACUUAUACAUAGCACAGUUCGAUUACCGGACGGAUGAUCAGGCUUCUAACGAACUUGGAAAUAUGACCUCCAUUAUUCGAGUUCAACACUUUAAAGAAACGUUAGAAGCGUUUCCUCAAGGAGCGCCUGGCGAAAGGGUUCUGGUCUGGGCAUGCUUCAUCGCGGCUUCUGCGAGCAUCUUGGACGAGCACAAGGAGUUUUUUGAACAAAUUCUUCUCCGGCAUCAGUCAAGGAAUGGAUUUAUUAACAUCCUCGAGGGUCUGGAAUGCCUGAGGAGGAUUUGGAGUCGAACGUCUCAAGAGAGGUGGACAUCACUUCUCGCCCAAGUCAAUGUCCUUGUCAUGUAG